AUGUUAGAGAUUACAUCAACAAUGUCAUCUGUAAACAAGCAAAAAAUUGUUACAACUAAGCUUAUUUCCGAACUGAAUGAAGUCUUAGCAGAAGAAAACACCGAGGAAAAAGGUCAAUGGAAGAAGAAUCUUAAAGAAGAGACCUUAAAGAUUUUCGAGUUUCUUCCUCAAAAUAUUCAAGGGUCUUAUUAG